GACAGAUGUGACUAUGUCUUUGUCAAUGGGAAGGAAAUGAAGGGCAAGGUGGGCGUGGUGGUGAACUUCACCUUCCAGCACCUGAACACUCCUCUGGAGAUGACGGUAUGGGUGCCCCGGUUGCCCCUGCAGAUCGAGAUCUCGGACACUGAGCUCAACCAGAUCAAGGGCUGGAGAGUCCCCAUCGUCUCCAACAAGAGGCCAGCUCAGGACAGCGAGGAGGAGGAUGAAGACGAAAGGAGGAACAGGGGCUGCACGCUCCAGUACCAGCAUGCCAUGGUGCGGGUCUUGACUCAGUUUGUGGCGGAAGCGGCUGAGCCCGGGGGGCAGCUGGCCCACCUGCUGGGCUCCGAUUGGCAGGUGGACAUCACGGAGCUGGUGAAUGACUUCAUGCAGGUGGAGGAGCCCCGGAUCGCCAAGCUGCAAGGGGCACAGGUCCUGAUUGGCCAGGAACUGGGGAUGACCACCAUUCAGAUCCUGUCGCCUCUGUCAGACGCUAUCUUGGCUGAGAAGACGGUCACUGUGCUGGACGAGAAGGUGACGAUCACGGACCUCGGGGUCCAGCUGGUGACGGGACUGUCGCUCUCCCUGCAGCUCAGCCCAGGGAGCAACAGGGCCAUCUUCGCCACUGCGGUGGCUCAAGAGCUUCUGCAAAGGCCCAAACAGGAAGCAGCCAUCAGUUGCUGGGUCCAAUUCAGUGAUGGCUCCGUCACCCCCUUGGAUAUUUAUGAUGCAAAAGACUUCUCCCUGAUGGCCACAUCCCUGGAUGAGAAGGUGGUCUCCAUCCACCAAGACCCCAAAUUCAAGUGGCCUAUAAUCGCCGCUGAAGCUGAAGGACAGGGGGCCCUGGUCAAGGUCGAAAUGGUCAUUUGCGAAUCGUGCCAGAAAUCCAAGCGGAAGAGCGUGCUGGCGGUGGGGACAGCCAACAUCAAAGUGAAGUUUGGCCAAAACGACGCCACCCCCAACACCAGUGACAGCAGACACAGGGGGGCAGGAGGUCCCCUGGAUAAUAGCAUCAGUGACAGGAGACCCAAAAAGCCCUUGCAGCAAUGGGGGAGUCAGGAGGGAGAGUACUACGGCAGCUCCUCCGUGGGCCUCAUGGAAGGCAGGGGCUCCACGACAGAGCGGUCCACCUUCCAGAAAAAUAGGGGCCAGGAAAGCCUUCUGGAUGAUGGCGGCCAUUUGCAGACCAUCUCCAUCGACCUCACCAGCUUCCCGGCCCAGGUGGACCUGCCCAGAAGCCACGGGGAGACGGAGGAGAGCGACCCCCAGUCCUCCAAAGGGCUGAGCGACCUGGAGAUCGGAAUGUAUGCCCUGCUGGGGGUCUUCUGCCUGGCCAUUUUGGUCUUCCUCAUCAACUGCGUGACCUUUGCAUUGAAGUACAGGCACAAACAGGUCCCCUUCGAAGAACAGGAAGGGAUGACUCACUCCCACGACUGGGUCGGCCUGAGCCACCGGACCGAACUGCUGGAGAACCAGCUCCACUUUUCCUCCUCCCAAGAGGAGCAGAUCACCGCCAUCGACAGGGGCAUGGAUUUCGAGGAGAGCAAGUAUCUGCUCUGCACAGACUCCCAAAAGAGCAUCAACGGACAGCUGUUCAGAUCUUCAGUACCCACCCUCGCGGACGGGAAAGAUCAGAAAAGCGAGCCCCCAACGUCCCCUACCUCAAAAAGAAAAAGAGUCAAAUUCACCACUUUCGCCACCCUCUCUCCAGAGGAUGGAUGCCCCGCCGUGAACUCCCUACCGGCCAGCGGCGAGGAUACCGUGAACUGGGUUGGCCAGGAUCUGGACCCUGGGGGAGGCCAAGAGUCACGUGGCUACAGGGAAGGAUUACGUGAAGAUGUGUAAGCUGGGCAUUCGCAGACAUUGGUUCUCACUCACCUUUCGGCCUUUAACUUGGG